CUGCCUUAACCUCCGGUUACCGUGUCAGCCCGGAUAGGGCCCCCGGCCUUUCCCAGAGAUGCCUCUGCUCUUUCUGGAGCGGUUUCCAUGGCCUAGCCUGCGGACGUACACUGGCCUGAGCGGCCUGCUGCUGGGCCUCAGCCUACUGAGCGCCUAUCGGAGCCUGAACGGGGAGCUGGACCAGGAGGAAGAUCAAGAAGACCAGACAGUGCUGCCGGAAGACGCCGGGGAAUUGCUGCUGGAGCUAGGCCGCUACCUAGUCAAUGACAGCCUGGGAGUAUGGGUCUUGGUGAAUACAGUGUGCUGUUUCCUGAUGCUUGUUGCAAAAUUAAUCCAGCAUGUGGUUUUUGGUCCUUUGCGUGUUAGCGAGAGACAGCAUUUAAAGGACAAGUUUUGGAACUUCAUCUUUUACAAGUUUAUCUUCAUCUUUGGAGUCCUAAAUGUCCAGACUGUGGAAGAAGUGGUUCUUUGGUUUUUGUGGUUCGCUGGUCUGGUCUUCCUCCAUCUCAUGGUUCAGCUGUGCAGAGACCGAUUUGAAUAUCUGUCCUUCUCUCCCACCACACCGAUGAACUGCCACGUUCGUGUUCUGGUUCUUCUUAAUGUCAUGCUUAUGGCCUGCUGUGGCCUGGGUGUUCUCUGUGUACUCGCUGGAUAUGAACAUGGGAUGCAUACACUGGCGUUCAUGGCUGCAGAGUGUUUAUUGGUGACAACAAGGACAGCUCAUGUUGUGUUACGCUAUGUAAUUCAUCUGUGGGACCUCAAUCAUGAAGGAACAUGGGAAAGCAAAGGAACAUAUGUAUAUUAUACAGACUUUGUGAUGGAGCUCAGUCACCUGUCCAUGGACCUGAUGCAUCAUAUUCAUAUGUUGUUAUUUGGGAAUAUCUGGCUGUCUAUGGCAAGUCUAGUUAUCUUCAUGCAGCUUCGUCACCUAUUCCAUGAGCUGCAGCGCAGAUUACGACGCCAUAAAAAUUACCUGCGGGUCGUUGGAAACAUGGAAGCUCACUUUGCUGUUGCUACUCCAGAGGAACUGGAAGCAAAUAAUGAUGACUGUGCCAUUUGCUGGGAUUCCAUGCAAGCUGCUCGGAAACUUCCCUGUGGUCACCUGUUCCAUAACUCUUGUCUACGCUCAUGGCUAGAACAGGACACGUCCUGUCCAACUUGUAGAAUGUCUCUAAAUAUGGCUGAUGGCAGCAGACCUCGAGGGGUGCAACAACAAGACAACAUAGAGCAGAACAUGAUCCCGAUUACAGUGACGGAAGGACGACCCCGCCUCAACCACCAUAACCACUUUUUCCACUUUGAUGGUUCCAGGUUUGCCAGCUGGCUGCCCAGUUUCUCUGUCGAAGUGAUGCAUACCACCAAUAUAUUAGGAAUUGCACAAGCCAGCAAUUCUCAGCUGAAUGCCAUGGCCCGACAAGUCCUAGACAUGUUUCCACAAGUACCGUAUCAUCUGGUUCUGCAGGACCUGCAGAUCACUCGCUCAGUGGAGAUUACAACGGAUAAUAUUUUAGAAGGACGGAUCCAAGUGCCUUUUCCUACACAGAGGCCAGAUGACCCCAGACCAGCCGCUGACAGCUCUCCAGAUGCAAAUGAGCAGGAAGACAACAGCAGUUCAGUGCAGGUAACUGAGCGAGUUCCUUUGAACCUUUCGCCAAGUGUGGAGGAGUUUGAAGAUUUCAGUGAGGUUGACAUCCAGGCUACAGAGGCAGAAGAUUUUGAGGCCAGAGGCAGCAGGUUUUCCAAGUCUGCAGAGGAGAGGCAACGAAUGUUGUUACAGAGGAAAGAAGAUAUGAUGCACCUGGCAAGAAGGAGAUAUCUGAAUAGAACUUCAGAAGAUGAAGGCUUCCUCAUGUCACCAGAACAAACUGCGUCCUUUGAGGGUAUUUCUUCGGACUCUGUAAACAUCCGCAGGCGUACAUUGGCAGCGGCUGCCGAGCGCAGAAUUCAGUUGCAGCGGCCCCCUCAAUAACGACUAGAUUGCACAUGCCACCUGACGUUGUAUUUGUGCACGAGGUGCACGCACAGACUCGUACUGACCCAGCACCUUGCUUAUGAGCUAUUCCAGCUCGACAGACGCAGGUCUGCUUUUGUAAUUUCUUUUUCUGGAAGCCCUUUUGUGUUUAGAAUGAUCAGGACUGCUUCUGGGCUCUGGUGCACUAACGUGCAUUCAGUGCCGACUCUUUCACUUGAAGACUAAUGACCAUUUCACACCCUCAGAGGAUUGUGGUCAACCCGUCCAUAUGUAGAUGGAGGACACUGCCUCUGGUGACUCUGUAUAUCCAGAUAACACCUAGAAAGACCCAGGUCUUUGUAUUUUUACAUAUUUACUGAGCAGAGACUAAUAUUUUACCAGUGUUUCUAAUCAAGGACCGUUCUCUUUAUGGGUGUCCCAUAUCAAUGCCAUUUGUUUACGAUAUUCGCAAAUGCAAAAUGUUUAACCCUAAGGUGUCGCAUCUCACAAUCUCAGACAUUAAAGCUUUACCUGCCCGUGUCAUUCCAUACCCGGGUAGAAGGAGAUCUGGACUUGUCGGAAUAUCUUCUGCUUGCAUUUGUUCUGUUUAUCAGUGUUUUAGAAUUUUUGUAUUACAAAAACAUUUAAAGGACCAAUAAACCUAAAGUAUGUUUUUUCUGGUCUGAGUAGAUAACAUCAGUCACAAGACAAACAAACUUUAUAUACCUGUUCACAAUUUGGAA